ACAUUUAGGGAAAAUAACGUAAAACAAAAUUUCAAAAAGUGUUGCGUGAGUGAAAUUUAUUGAUAUUUAAUAUGAACACAAUGAUAUUUAUUGUGAUUUUGGCUGCAAUUAGAUUCCAAAUGUUGGUCGCGUUUCCUGAACCUCAGUGCUCCAACUACGAUUUCCAAGAAAAAAUUCUGGAAAAAACGGUGCGAAUGGAACUGCACAUAGAGUUGUUAGAAAAGGAGAAUAAAGAACUGAAAAAUCAGCUGUUAUUGACACAGAAUAACUACAACGUUGAUCUGGCUGCCCAAAAUGCAAGGCUGGGUGAAAUAGAAGCGCAGAUACUCGCGAACAGUUUAAACACUGAAAAACGAAUUGCUGAAGCCGCAGAGACUAUUACGGAAAAAUAUACCAAUGGUUAUUGUACAAAACACAAGAUCAUAUUCAGAGCAACACUUAGUGCGCAAUCUUUGGCAUUGACCGCUGGGAAAACUGCCGUCUUCGAUACCGUUCAUGCAAAUUUCGGCAACGCUUACAACCCUAUCAAUGGUAUCUUUACACCUCCUUUAAACGGAACGUAUGUGUUUCAAUUUUCCAUGGGUAAUCCAACUGGAAAGCCAGGACGACUUUUCUUGAAGAAAAAUGCAGAGUUCAUCGACUAUGUCAUCGCCGGGCACACUUCUGGGUGGAACAUUGCAGGAAAGACAGCCUUUCUCUACCUAGAAGUUGGAGAUAUUGUGUAUGUUGAAGGUACCGGUCACAUUGCCGGUACAUAUGGCGUAGACAGUAUUCAUUCAAGUUUCUCCGGAGCACUGAUGCACGCUUGCUAAAGACCAUUGUUUUAAUUGUUUGUUUUCAGUGGCAUGGGGUCAAAUUGAGUUUUGUGUUUUAGCUGAUAAAUCAACUGUUUAAGGAAGUCUAUAUUGGAUUCAUUGGAAAUAUUCCUUGGGUAAAUAAAAACUAAGUAAACUAUUUGCCAAGCUAUAGUAUGUUUGAACAUAUGGCAAUUGGUUAACAACUAUUGUGUUUUUCUGUUUUCUGAUCUUUGUUUAUGAUAAAUGGUCAUGAAAAAUACAUACUCCAAGUUC